AUGAACGCAAUCAAGAUUCGCCGCAAGAAGAAUGUCAAGAAGGGCAUUCAGUUCUGCCUGAUGGUCUGUGGUGCCUCAGGGACCGGCCGGACCACUUUCGUCAACACACUCUGCGGAAAGAAGGUUCUUCACCACAAGGAGGCUGACGAUCCUCACAAUGCCCACAUUGAGGAAGGCGUGCGGAUAAAACCCAUCACCGUCGAGCUGGAGCUGGACGAGGAGGGUACCCGCAUCUCACUCACGAUUGUCGACACACCCGGCUUCGGUGAUCAGAUUGAUAAUGAGGCUAGCUUCUCAGAAAUCGUCGGUUACCUCGAGCGACAAUACGACGACAUCCUCGCAGAAGAAUCACGUAUCAAGCGUAACCCCCGUUUCCGUGACAAUCGUGUUCACGUCCUCCUUUACUUCAUCACUCCCACCGGUCAUGGCCUCCGCGAGCUCGAUAUCGAACUCAUGAGACGUCUCUCCCCCCGCGUGAACGUCAUCCCCGUGAUUGGCAAGGCCGACUCCCUCACUCCGGCCGAGCUGGCCGAAUCCAAGAAGCUCGUCAUGGAAGACAUUGAGCACUACCGCAUCCCUGUUUACAACUUCCCCUACGAUAUUGAGGAGGACGACGAGGAUACCGUCGAGGAGAACGCCGAGCUCCGCGGGCUAAUGCCGUUCGCCAUAGUGGGGAGCGAAGAGGUGGUUGAGGUGAAUGGACGCAGAGUCAGGGCGAGACAGUAUCCGUGGGGAGUUGUCGAAGUGGAUAAUCCACGGCACUCAGAUUUCCUGGCCGUCAGGUCCGCGCUCCUGCAUUCGCAUCUGGCGGACCUGAAAGAGAUCACGCACGAUUUCCUGUAUGAGAACUACCGGACGGAGAAGUUGAGCAAGAGUGUGGAGGGCGGUGCUGCUGCCGACUCCUCAAUGCACCCCGAAGAUCUGGCUUCACAAUCCGUGCGUCUGAAGGAGGAGCAGCUACGCCGCGAGGAAGAGAAGUUGCGCGAGAUUGAAGUCAAGGUGCAGCGCGAGAUCAACGAGAAGAGGCAGGAGCUCCUAGCGCGUGAGAGCCAGCUGAAGGAGAUUGAGGCUAGAAUGCACCGCGAGCACAGUACCGUAGCAACGGAGAACGACUUGGACGAGCGUGAUUGA